GACCCUUAAAAAGAGACCCACAAUCUAUGUCCAAAUAAUUGCUACAGGUAAGAAUGUACUAAAAAAUUUUGUAGUUAUCUGAUGCAUUUCAAAGUCCAGCCCCUUCAAAUUGAAUGAGAGAUUCAUAAAGACUGAAAAACGUUUGAGGCAGGAAGUACCAAAUUUCUAAUAGUGGAAUAUCAUAAUAUUUCGUGAGAUAUUCCUGAAGAGGGGUUAUUUUUGGUGGUAUGUAGAUCAUAUCGUAAGGGACUCACCACAAAUAUUACCAGCUCUAAGUACUGAUUCCAUGUCAGUUCAUUUGUUUACAGUUUAUCUUCGCCACUAGAGAAUGUUUCUUGAAAGCAGAAAUCCUUUCCCUCUUUGUCAUUGCUGACCUCUGUGCCAAGAACUGUCAUGUUUUAUAAAAGGAGUAUUAAAUGAAUGAAAGACUGUUGGACCUCUGACUUAUCUUCUCUAUAGAAGGUCCACUAAGAUUUAGAGGUAGAACCUCUUAUUCAUAGGCCCAAUCCAGUCAUCUGAGAGGAAGUAGAAUUGUUAAGGGAAGACAUACUGGGAUCUUUGAAAGAGAAACUCAGUAGAUAUUUCUAAAUGUUUAUUAUGAAUAAGCCACUGAACAAGAUUAAUAAUGAAGAAGAGCUCCAUGACCUAAUGGACAUAUUCACAGUGGUGUUCAUGAUUUCAUUACAGGUCUUGGUCUUCUGAGCUCUCAUCUCUGAAGUAGGUCUUAUAGAAGAGUAAAUGCGACACAGUAACAAUGUAACAGAAUUUGAUCUCCUGGGGCUCAGGCAGGAUCCUGUUGGUCAAAAAGUGUUAAUUGUUAUGUUUUUGUUCAUCUACAUUGUGACAAUGGUGGGCAACCUGCUCAUUGUCUUGACUGUUGUUGUCAGCCCCUCCCUGGGCUCCCCCAUGUACUUCUUUCUUCCCUAUCUGUCACUCAUGGAUGCUGUUUAUUCCACCGCCGUUUCACCCAAAAUGAUUCUAGACUUACUCUGUGAUAAAAAGACUAUUUCCUUCUCAGCUUGCAUGGGCCAGCUCUUUAUAAUACACUUAUUUGGUGGCGCUGAGAUCUUUCUUCUGGUAGCAAUGGCCUAUGAUCGCUAUGUGGCCAUCUGUAAGCCACUGCAUUACUUAACCAUCAUGAAUCGACAGGUUUGCAUUUUGUUCCUAGUGGUGGCCUGGGUUGGAGGAUUUUUGCACUCUGUGAUCCAACUUCUCUUUGUGCACAGACUCCCCUUCUGUGGCCCCAAUGUCAUUGAUCACUUCAUGUGUGACCUGUACCCAUUAUUGGAACUUGCUUGCUCUGCAAACUAUUUUAUAGGGCUCACUGUUGUUGCCAAUAAUGGAGCCAUCUGUAUGGUAAUUUUUAUCCUUCUACUAGUCUCCUAUGGGGCCAUCCUAAAGUCCUUGAAGACUCACAGUCAGGAGGGAAGGCUCAAAGCCCUGUCUACCUGCAGCUCCCACAUCACAGUGGUUGUCCUCUUCUUUGUUCCCUGUAUUUUCAUGUAUGUUAGGCCUGUUUCCAACUUUCCCAUUGACAAAUCUAUGACUGUGGUUUAUACAAUUAUUACUCCCAUGUUGAAUCCUCUGAUAUACACUUUGAGAAACUCUGAGAUGAAAAAUGCUAUGGAAAAAACCUGGAGUGGAAAGUUAACCACGUGUUGAAUAAGAAUUUGUGUCCACACUGAAAAUAUCGUUGCUAAUUCUAAAACAAGAAAUAGGCAAUAAACUAUCACAAUGAACAAUUAAGUCAAUUCAAUGGAUUCUCUAGGAAACUUCCCUUUAUUGAUGCAAAGACGUCCAAAAUGUAGAAUAAAUUAUCUUUGACGUUAGAAUGAAAGUAAUAGAGACAUUCUGGAGGUUGGAUAAAAUCCAUAAGUAUUUUUCCUGUUAUAAUUAAAAAUAAAACUAAGCUAACAUUGUAAUUUUAUUUUUCUCAGAAUAUACUGAAACAGGGCUUAGAAAAAAAAAAUUAUUUCCUUUUAAAGAUAGAAAAAAACAAGUUACUUUCAAAAAUUUUCUAUCAUUCAAAUUAAUGAGAAAACAAUUUGCCCAGUUCUUAGAACAAAUUUUUGAGACCAAGGGUGUGGUUUUAAGAUUUUACUGUUCAUUA